AUGGGUGCAAGCGUUCCUCGAAAGGCAAUCCAAACGACACAUAGUCGCAUAGGAAGCCCGAAACUCAGGGCAUCUACGAGAUUACUUUUCGGCUUCGGUAACAAGCGUAUUCCAUUGCUGGGUGAGCUGUAUACGCAAGUGAAGUGUGUCGACAAAGAAAAGUAUGUCGAAAUUGUAGUAACCAACAUUGACUGUGGGGAGAACCUUUUCGAGUUCGACUUGUUCAAACAAUUUGGAUUCGAAAUCCAGCAAAUUUCAAACGUCACGGAAACAGAAGUAGACCAAGUGGAAAAGGUUUGUACAAAAUACAAAGAACUUUUCGAGCCAGCACUUGGCACGAUUAAAGACUUUAAAGCGAGUGUCUAUUUAAAGGCAAAUGCAACGCCGAAGUUUUGUAAAAGUCGGAAAAUUCCAUUUUCGCAAAUGCCGCAGUUUAAGAAGGAAGCCGAAAGACUUACCUAUGCGGGCAUUUGGAAACCGAUUAAAUUCUCAAACUGGGCAUCUAUAGUCCUAGCGCAAAAAGCAGAUGUGUCUAUACGAAUUUGUGGGGAUUUCAAGCAAGUAGUUAACGCGCAAAUCGAUAUCGAGCGGUUCCCGUUGCCAACACGGGAAGCCUUGUUUCAUGCUAUUCGCCACGGUAAGCAAUUUUCGAAAAUUGACCUUAAGGACGCGUAUCUUCAGAUGGAACGCGACGAUGACUCGAAAACCAUAUGGGUUGUCAACACGCCGCUGGGCCUAUUCCAAUAUCAGCGCCUACCCUAUGGAAUAGCUAGCGCCCCAGCAAUUUUUCAGAAAUACCUAGAACAACUUCUCUUGAGGGAUGUGCGCCUCGAGCUUGUACUACAAAUUCUGCAAAACAGUGGCAUCAAGUGCAAAAAAGAAAAGUGCUCGUUCCUGCAAGAUAUAAUUGAAUAUCUUGGACGUCAAUUGAGUUCUAAGGGCAUACUACCCGACGAAAGUGGUCUGAGAGCGCUGGCGGCCCCAAUAAACAUGCUGCGCCGUAAAAAGGUUAGUUUUAGUUGGGGACCAGAGCAACAGAAGGCAUUCUUAGCGCCUAAAUCACACAUACUCAACGCAGCACAAUUAGCGCAUUACGAUGACCAGUUACCAUUGGUUCUGGCCACAGAUGCUUCUUCUUACGGAAUCGGUGCAGUGCUUUCGCAUAUGUAUCCCAAUGGUAGUGAAAGGCCCAUUGCCUUUGCUUCCAAAACUCUCGACAAGCGUCAAGUGCGAUAUAGCCAGAUGGAGAAAGAGGGCUUAUCGAUCAUAUUCGGGGUGAAGAGCUUCCACCAAUACCUGUACGGGAGAUCAUUUACACUUAUUACGGACCACAAACCCCUCGUAAAUAUUUUAAACCCUAGCACCCAGCUACCUUUGAUGACGUCACACCGCUUGCAACGCUGGGCAAUAACGCUUAUGGCUUACCAGUACAAAGUCAAGUAUCGCAAGACGUCAGACCAUGGUUACGCGGAUGCCUUAUCGCGCCUACCAAUAGGCACAGAUGAACAAUUCGACCACCAAGAAGCAUGCUACAAUGUGUGCCAAAUAGAAUCCCCAAUAAAUGCAAAAACUAGUGAAAAACAUGCAAACAAUGACGAAAUCCUUCAACAAGUUCGCCAUUCCGUCGAAGAGGGGUGGCCUGAGAAGUUACUUCCAAAAGACGCUCACCUUCGUCCGUUUUUCAACAGGAAAUAUGCCUUGACUAUAACUAACGAGAUCCUUUGCCUACAGACGGAGUAUACACGCAUCGUUAUCCCGGGUUCGUUAAAAGGACGAAUACUUCAAUUACUCCAUGAUGGUCAUUGGGGAAGUUCCAGGAUGAAGCAGUUAGCCAGACAACAGGUAUGGUGGGUCGAUAUAGAUAAGGACAUUGCUACGGUUGCAGACAAAUGUGAUGUAUGCAAAAUUGUCAAUCCCACCUCAGCUAAAGAAUAUGUCAGUUGGCCAAAGCCAAAACACCCGUGGGAGAGGGUGCACAUCGAUUUUGCAGGUCCAGUAUUCAACUGGAUGUGGCUCAUUUGCGUUGAUGCCUUCUCCAAAUUUCCCUACAUUUCCCAGAUGACUACAACAACGACAGCUGCUACAAUAUCUGCGCUAGCUACAAUUUUCACCAUCGAAGGCAUCCCAAAAACACUUGUUAGUGACAACGGGCCGCAGCUUACGUCAGAGGAGUUCAACGUUUUCUGCACCCAUCAAGUCAACACGGCCGUCGGUUACUUUAAACGCCAUGCAAACCAGCUGAAGCCACGGAACUCAUCUAAUGCCGAAUCCUUUUUACCGUGGAUUCCACCAACCAAUGUAUCUUCAUCAAUUCAACAGCAGCCAUCCUCAACGGAAGCAGAAUCACAGCAGCCAACGCAAAUGCAUAACUCGUCCAUAGAGGGUAUACCAGUUCGCAGGAGUGCGCGUACUCGCCUGGCGGUCGAUCGCUAUGCAGCACCAGAUUUCCGGAAAUAA